AUGAAGUGUGCAGUUAAAGCAACUGCGCCUCGCCGCUCAGCGCGUUUAAAUAGUAAGAAAGCGCAGCUCGACAACACAAUUGGCGUAAUAUUACGCGAUCGACGCAUUCCAAAGCCAAAGAAAGCGCUGAUCGAUAAAUUAGCUGUGCCGCCUAGAACGCUUUCUCGUCAAUUCGAGACUCGCUACAAAGCAAAAGGUUACUCAACUGUUAUCGGCGUGGACGAAGCUGGUCGUGGUCCGCUAGCUGGACCAGUUGUGGCUGCAGCGUGUCACGUGCCGCUAGAUGUGGUGAUUGAGGGCGUGGACGACAGCAAGAAAAUUUUACAGGAACGACGAGAGGCAUUGUUCGAGCUGCUCACCACCCACCCAAGUAUCACUUACGCUGUACACGUAAACAGCGCGCAACGAAUAGACGAGAUUAACAUUUUGCAAGCGUCGCUGGAGGCUAUGACCAAGGCUGUGAAUGAUGUGACGAAACGGCUGCUACAGAAAGACAACAUUUUCGUGCUUGUCGAUGGUAACAAACUGCCGCCAACUCUUGACCUGCCAGCAGAAGCGGUCGUCAAAGGUGAUUCAAAAGUGUUCAGUAUCGCGGCAGCCUCCAUAAUUGCUAAGGUUACGCGAGAUCGUAUAAUGCGCAACUACGACGAUCAGUAUCCUCAGUAUGGAUUAGCACAGCACAAAGGAUACCCAACGCGAGCCCACGUGGCAGCAAUUGCCAAGCAUGGACCGUGCAAGAUCCACCGAAUGACUUUUGCGCCACUAAAGCCAAAAGAUAUGUCAAAAUCGAAAAUUUAA